AAAAGAAGAAGAAGGAAAAAAAAGAGUUUUGCCACCAAAUCAAAAGUCAAUGAAUGUUGUUGAGGGCAGUGGGAAUACAUCUUGCAUAUGUGGUGGGCUUUUGGAGAAUUCUCCCCACUAAAGUGAAAGUUCUCAUAAAUAGACCCCAAGUGAGACGAACAACACCCAGUAUCUGUGUGCCUUUUAGCGAAAUCUGUAGUUUUUUCUGGAUUUUCUUUGAAAGACAAUAACUACAUAUAAUCCACAUACAUAUAUGAUACGAAUAGCAAAAAAAAAGAAGGAAAAUUAACCAAAUAGUGUAAAUGGAUAUAGCAAGUGUGAGGGUGUAAAAAUUAAGACUUGUAAAAAAGAAAAGAAAUAUCUUUCAUCAUAAAUAAUUAAUUAUAAGUAAUUUAUCCAAAUAUUGGUACGACCAAUAGAGAUGGUGCGUGUCUCAAGCACGAUUUUUAUAAUCGUGACCUCUGUGAUUUUAGUUGUUGCCAAUGAAGAAAUAAAUCUUCGGGUAAAGAGACAAGAAGAGGAUCCGGAAGGGCCAGAUGUUGGAUCAAUUGAGGAAUUAUGUCACGAUAGACCUGCCGAUGAAUACUUUCGUUUAACAACGGAAGGUGAUUGCAGAGAUGUUGUUCGGUGUGACAAUGCGGGUGAAAAUGGGAUCACUCGACUGGCCACAGUUCGAUGUCCCAUCGGACUAGCAUUUGACGUUACUCGUCAGACAUGUGACUGGAAGUCAAAUGUAAAAAAUUGUGACCAAUUAGGCAAACCACGUAAAGUUCUUCCAAUUUUGAAAACGGAUGAACCCGUUUGCCCCGAAGGACGCUUGUCCUGUGGAAAUGGAGAAUGUGUGGAAAAGGAACUUUUCUGCAAUGGAAAACCCGAUUGCAAGGAUGAAUCCGAUGAAAAUGCCUGCACUGUGGAUCUAGAUCCAAAUCGAGCACCUGAAUGUGAUCCAACACAGUGUAUCCUUCCGGAUUGUUUCUGCUCUGCUGACGGAACACGUAUCCCGGGGAAUAUUGAACCACAGCAAGUCCCCCAAAUGAUCACAAUCACCUUCAAUGGUGCCGUUAAUGUUGACAACAUUGAUUUGUACGAAGACAUUUUCAACGGGCAACGUCAGAACCCCAAUGGAUGCCAGAUUAAGGGAACCUUCUUUGUUUCACACAAAUACACCAACUAUUCGGCUGUUCAGGACCUCCAUAGGCGUGGACAUGAGAUUUCGGUGUUCUCACUGACGCACAAAGAUGAACCAAACUACUGGACGCAUGGAACCUACGAUGACUGGCUUGCUGAAAUGGCCGGGGCUAGGCUCAUCAUUGAGCGCUUUGCAAAUAUAACUGAUGGCUCCAUCAUUGGCAUGCGUGCGCCAUAUUUGCGCGUUGGCGGGAAUAAGCAAUUUGAAAUGAUGGCCGAUCAAUUCUUCGUGUAUGACGCCUCGAUCACUGCAUCCCUCGGGCGUGUUCCCAUCUGGCCGUACACCCUGUACUUCCGCAUGCCGCACAAGUGCAAUGGAAACGCCCACAACUGCCCAUCGCGAAGUCAUCCCGUCUGGGAGAUGGUAAUGAAUGAACUGGAUCGUCGUGAUGACCCGACAUUCGACGAAAGCCUUCCGGGUUGCCAUAUGAUCGACUCCUGUUCAAACGUCCAAACUGGCGAACAGUUCGGACGUCUUCUGCGACACAACUUCAACCGUCACUACAACACCAAUCGUGCCCCAUUGGGACUCCACUUCCACGCAUCCUGGCUCAAAUCCAAAAAGGAAUAUCGCGAUGAACUCAAUAAAUUCAUUGAGGAAAUGCUGGGACGCAAUGACGUCUUCUUCGUCACCAUGCUCCAAGUUAUUCAAUGGAUGCAAAACCCAACGGAAUUGAAUGCCCUUCGUGAUUUCCAAGAAUGGAAGGAGAAGUGUGAUGUUAAAGGGCAACCCUACUGCUCUCUCCCCAAUGCCUGCCCCCUGACAACAAGAGAACUCCCCGGGGAGACUCUCCGUCUCUUCACAUGCAUGGAAUGCCCCAAUAACUAUCCCUGGAUUCUUGAUCCAACAGGAGAUGGAUUUUCUGUGAAAUAAUUUAAGAGAGUCAAAAGACACACACUUAGGAACUUUUCCUAUCUAUUUUUACUACACUUUUAUACGAAUAAUGAGACACUGGAGUAACACAGCAGCACCGGCUAAAAAAAUGGUGUCUGUAACAAGAAUCCUAAGUAUACAUAUUACGUUCGGCGUGGUUUGCGACUACGAUCAGUUGAGGUUAUGUGGGUGUCAAGAUACAGAAUGUUAAUCUUCAAAACCUGAAGAAGGAGACAGAAAACCUCCGAAAUGUCACAGAAAAAUUGAGGUUAUAUUCCGUAUUUUGACAGGAAAAUAAAACAAUACAAUUUCACCAUUCGAACUGACUUUGAAUCUUCUCUUUAGCUUACAAUAAGUUGCAAAUAUAGGAAAUAUUCUUUUUAUAACAAUUAAAAGUAACAUCACAAAUAAAAUUUUAAACAAAAAAGUGGGUAAUUUUCAUCUUCAAAUCAAUAAAUUGUUUUUUUGUUUUAUAAUUUUCGUUAUUCUACGACGACUUAUGUCUUUUUGUAUCAAUUUUUAUGAUUUUUAUUAAAUAAAAAGUCGCUGAAGGUCUAAAAACAAA